CGUGCCGGUCCCUCCCGCCGUCCCGCCCUCUCCCGCCGCCGCCGCCGCCGCCGCUCCCGCCCCAGCCCCCCCACUCUCGGCGCUCGGGAGCGAGGAGCCUCCAGCGCCCCCGCCUCGCCGCCGCCGCCGCAGCGCCCUCGGCCGCCAUUCGGCACCCGAAACUUUCCAGCGCCCGCGCCUCUCGGGGACUCGGCGGCGGCGGGGCGGGGGCGGCCGGGGGGCGGCGCGCGCUGCUCCGUGGCGCCGGGCCCUCCUCGGCCGCGGCACGGCCCGGGCUCGGCGACGGCCGGCCGGAGGGAGGCUCGGAGCGCGGCCGGGCGCGGCGGCGCCGCCACAAGUUGCGCGCCCGCGGCGAGGUAACUGAAGAUAGAAAACAGGCCUAAAAAUAAGCCCUGGAAGGAAGAAGGGACUUGCCUACGUUUGGCUUUGAACUUUAGCAUCAUAAAACUUCAAAAAGGUGACUCAGAGGAGGUUGAUGAGUGUACACCUAGAGGAGAAAAGAAUUUCCCCACCACGUCGCACUGUACCAGGAAAGCCGCCAUUGAUGUUCUUAGCAAAGGAAUAAAUAGGCAGGUCCCGACAGACGCUUUGUGAUUGCUCUGAUUGGAUGCUGAGGAGGCCACUGUUCCCAAGGUCCACACAUGAAGUCACCGUAAAGAAGGUGGCUCCUGCUUUGUAAAGACCUCAUCGCCGCGAGGUGAGGCUAAGAUGAGCAUAACCAGUGACGAGGUGAACUUUCUGGUGUAUCGAUAUCUCCAGGAGUCAGGUUUUUCCCACUCGGCGUUCACGUUCGGUAUCGAGAGCCACAUCAGCCAGUCCAACAUCAACGGGACGCUAGUGCCGCCGGCUGCCCUCAUCUCCAUCCUCCAGAAGGGACUGCAGUAUGUGGAGGCCGAGAUCAGCAUCAACGAGGAUGGCACGGUCUUUGACGGCCGCCCCAUAGAGUCGCUGUCCCUGAUCGAUGCUGUGAUGCCCGACGUGGUGCAGACGCGGCAGCAGGCCUUCCGAGAGAAGCUUGCUCAGCAGCAGGCCAGCGCGGCGGCGGCGGCGGCGGCGGCGGCGGCAGCGGCAGCAGCCACGGCGGCGACAGCAGCCACGGCAACCCCAGCAGCUGUUUCCCAGCAAAAUCCACCAAAGAACGGAGAGGCCACGGUGAACGGGGAGGAGAACGGAGCACACGCAAUAAAUAAUCACUCAAAACCAAUGGAAAUAGACGGGGACGUUGAGAUUCCACCCAACAAAGCCACAGUCCUACGGGGCCAUGAGUCUGAGGUGUUCAUCUGUGCCUGGAACCCUGUCAGUGAUCUCUUAGCUUCUGGAUCCGGAGAUUCGACUGCAAGGAUAUGGAACCUUAAUGAAAACAGCAAUGGGGGCUCCACGCAGCUCGUGUUGAGGCACUGUAUACGAGAAGGGGGACACGAUGUCCCGAGUAAUAAAGAUGUGACCUCGCUGGACUGGAACAGCGAUGGCACACUGCUGGCCACUGGUUCAUACGAUGGUUUUGCAAGAAUAUGGACGGAAGAUGGUAACCUGGCAAGCACCUUAGGCCAACAUAAAGGCCCCAUCUUUGCCUUGAAAUGGAACAAAAAGGGGAAUUACAUCUUGAGUGCUGGUGUAGACAAAGUCCUUGGUCAUGCCAGCGUGAAGGGAGGGCCCUGGGAUGCACGGAGGGCGGUAAAGGACAGAAGGAAAGGAAUUUCUGCUGUUCGAGGCACGUUGCUCAGGCCCCGCGCCCGCCGGUUCUCACGCACCUGGCGACCCCGUCGUGAUCGUACAACAAUAAUUUGGGACGCCCACACAGGAGAAGCCAAACAACAAUUUCCAUUUCAUUCUGCCCCUGCUCUUGAUGUAGACUGGCAGAACAACACUACCUUUGCCUCCUGUAGCACAGACAUGUGCAUUCAUGUUUGCAGACUCGGCUGUGACCGCCCAGUUAAAACUUUCCAAGGACACACAAACGAGGUCAAUGCCAUCAAAUGGGAUCCUUCUGGAAUGCUGCUAGCAUCCUGCUCUGAUGAUAUGACAUUAAAGAUCUGGAGUAUGAAGCAGGAUACGUGUGUCCAUGACCUUCAGGCUCACAGCAAAGAGAUAUACACCAUAAAAUGGAGUCCCACUGGGCCAGCCACCAGCAACCCCAACUCCAACAUCAUGCUAGCAAGUGCUUCGUUUGACUCGACCGUGCGACUCUGGGAUGUCGAGCGUGGCGUCUGCAUCCACACGCUGACCAAGCAUCAGGAACCUGUCUAUAGCGUAGCUUUUAGCCCUGACGGGAAGUAUCUGGCCAGUGGCUCCUUUGACAAGUGCGUGCAUAUCUGGAAUACUCAGAGUGGAAGUCUCGUCCACAGCUACCGAGGCACUGGCGGCAUCUUUGAGGUGUGCUGGAAUGCUCGAGGAGACAAAGUGGGCGCCAGUGCGUCCGACGGCUCUGUGUGUGUUUUAGAUCUGCGAAAAUAAACACAAAAUAUUAUAGAGAAAAGAAAAGAGUUCUAACGGACCAGCAGUGAAUGUGUGGGGUUACAGCCCUCUUGAGACACAAUCCUAUCAGCUCUGAAACUGUACAAACUUGACUUGCGUUAGAGUGUACUUGGAAACCAACUCAUCCCUGGCCACAGGAGUCUAUAUUUUUUCGUAAUCUUCAUCAAGAAGUUUAAAACAAAAACAUAACACAGUCAAAUCGAAGGGGGAAAGAAUGGUUUCCACCUGGAACAUUCAGCCUGGGAAGCACAAAGCCACCAGCUAGACAGUGCACAGUUUGGUUUCCAUCUAGAACAGGCUCUGAUGGCUAUGAGGAAAAAAAAAAUAGCUGUGCCAAAAAAAGAAAAAAGAGAAAAAUGCUGUGAUAAACCAAAAGGAGGGGGGAAAAAAACCCCAGGUGUUUUUUCCCCUGACAAUUUGGACACUACAGUUGCUCUCGCAAAGGAUGUUCAAAGACCAGUUUGUACUGAUGAAAUGUGCAACUUUGUAAUCCAACGCUUUGUAUUUUCUAGAA